AUGAUAAACUGUUGUCACAGAGAGGAGCGCGCAGCGUGGAAGGCGUCGGGUUUAGGAAGUCAUCCAUCCUCGGCCGUGCCCACGCUGGCGACUUUGUCGUUCGCGGUGCUUGGGUUCUGGUGUAAGUCAAACGGCUGCACCCGGGCCCUCCUGACCUCUUCUUGCUCCCCGCACAGACCUCCCCGCGCGGCCCGGGCCGAGGCCUCGGAGCCUGCAGCACCGGGGGAAGGAGUUUCCGGCGCACUCGGCCCGGGCCGCUUCCUGUCCCCUCCGCCCGGCCGCCUCACGCUGCCCGGCCGGGACGCAGCGCGACCCGACCCCCUCGCCGUCCCGGCGGCGCCCCCAGACCCCAUGCAGUCCCGGCUCCUUCUCCUCAGGGCACCCGGCGGCCACCGCGGCGCGGCCUCCCGGAGAGUGAGGCUGCUCCUGCGGCAGGUGGUGCCGGGCGGCGACAGGCAGCGGCCGGAGGUUAGACUGCUGCACGCCGGGGCAGGGGCAGACACAGGUGAUACAGUAAAUAUUGGAGAUGUAUCCUACAAGUUGAAAACUCCUAAGAACCCAGAACUUGUGCCUCAGAACUACAUUUCAGAUUCUCUGGCUCAGUCUGUAGUUCAUCAUCUAAGAUGGAUAAUGCAGAAAGAUCUUUUGGGGCAAGAUGUUUUCCUAAUAGGACCUCCUGGACCUCUUCGACGUUCUAUUGCUAUGCAGUACUUGGAGCUGACUAAACGGGAGGUUGAAUACGUUGCCCUGUCAAGGGACACCACUGAAACUGAUCUCAAACAACGAAGGGAAAUCCGUGCUGGCACGGCCUUUUACAUUGAUCAGGCAAGUUCUUAUCACACUCUAGCCUGUGACUGUUUACUCCAGGUCUGUACAAAAUUGAUUUUUAAAGUAGAAAGAGAGUGGUUCAUAUAAUGGUGAAAGAUACAUAUGCUAAGCUCUUUGUAGACAGAUUUAAUUUAGAUUUUUUGUUUCUCCAUUCUUGGAAAUGUCUUCUUGAUGUAGUAUUAAAUGAGAAACCC